GAAAAGAAAAGGAAAUCCUAUUCCUAAUCCUAAAUUCUUCUUUCUUCCAUAUGUAAUCCUAGGAUACGACACAAAUCCCUAAUCCGCUCUUCCUUAAUUCAACUGCUUCGUUCUUCUUUCUUUAUUCUAAGUUCUAACGUUCGUGUUUUUCUUAAUUCAACUUCUUCUUUCUUCAUCUGCAUCUGGGUUUACGAUUGAUUGUUUCAAAGAUGAAAACGGAGUACGAUAGAUUCAUACCCAACCGUUCGGCGAUGGAUUUUGAAUACGCGCAGUUCCAGUUAAUGGAAGGAAGGAGGCUGGAAGAAGAAGAAGCCAAGGUAAUUGAUUCAUCUCGGGUUGCCUACAGAAAGCAAUUGGCAGAGGUUUUGGGUUUGAAUCGCAAUCGCAUCCUCGCCUUCAGGAACAAGCGACCUUCACCAACUCGUCGCUACUCCUCUGACCACCACCAACCUAAACCUAAACCACUCCUAAAGCCUCGCAGACGCAUUCCUCCGGAUCCCGAGAGAACGCUGGACGCGCUGGACAUUGUUGAUGAUUUCUAUCUCAACUUGCUUGACUGGGGCAGUGCUAAUCUCUUAGCCAUAGCUUUGGGUAACACUGUUUAUCUCUGGGAUCAUUCCACUGGCUCUGUUUCUCAUCUUGUGACUGUUGACCAAGACAAAGGACCCGUCACGAGUGUGAACUGGGCCUCUGAUGGUCGUCACCUCGCCCUUGGCCUCAACUACGGCUAUGUGCAGCUCUGGGACUCCGUUGCCCAAGUUCUACUGAGAACAUUCAAAGCGUGUAACGGCCACUCGAGAGUAGUGUCACUGGCUUGGAACAACCACAUCCUCUCAACGGGAAGAUUCAAUGGAAGGAUCAUCAACAACGAUGUGCGUAUCAGAUCACACGUCGUGGCAACUUACAAAGGUCACACUCGUGAGGUUUGUUCUCUCAGGUGGUCACCAUCUGGUCAGAGACUAGCUAGUGGUGGCGACGACAAUUUGGUACACAUAUGGGAUCUUUGUUCCAGUUCCCAAUGGCUGCACAGGCUCAGGGGACAUACUUCUGCGGUUAAAGCUCUCUCCUGGUCUCCGUUCCAGAGCAAUUUGCUUGCAACUGGCGGUGAUGAGACGAUUAAGUUCUGGAACACCCUCACUGGGGCUUGCUUGAAUUCAGUAGACACUGCUUCUCAAGUUUCUUCCUUGUUAUGGAGCACCAAGGAAAGAGAGUUGCUUAGCUCACAUGGGAAUCAACUUACCCUCUGGAACUACCCAUCCAUGGCCAAAAUAACUGAGCUCUCCUCCGGUCAUAUAUCAAGAGUUCUUUGUAUGGCUCAGAGUCCCGAUGGUUGUACCGUAGCUUCUGUAGCAGGUGAUGAGUAUCUCUGCUUCUGGAAUGUUUUUGGAGUACCAGAGACCGCCAAAAAACCUGCUCCAACAAGAAGAAGAGUUCAUGAGCCGUUUUCUCACUCUCACAUGCCUCUUAUUCGGGAUGAUUGUUACAUCUGCUCUGAUCAUAUGGAAAGCUUUGAUGUGUGUCACUGGAAGUGAAUCUCCUGUGGUGGUUGUUCUUUCUGGAAGCAUGGAACCUGGGUUCAAGAGGUAUGGUGCUCGUUUAGGUUCUUCAAAUGGGAGAAUAUUGCUCCAGAGUGUUCCAGGUUUGUUUUUUUUUUACUAGAGAAUGCAUUGCAGUGUUUAUGAUAUUGUUCGUUUUUAUCAAACUAUAUAAGUGGUGAUGAUCUCUUGUCCUCGAGAAACUUGGAGCUGACAUAGAGGAUAUCGAGAAGGUAUGAUCUUCUUAUGUGGCUUCAUAGAUCUACCAUUGUGAUUCUUUGUUACCUUGCCUGGAUUUCUGGUUCAGAUGCUGAGGAAAAUAAAAACCAAGAAGAUCCUGGAGUAUCAGAGAGAGAUGAGUUUGGUCACACGGUAUUUUGACUAUGAUAACCCAAAUGGAGCAGUGAAGGAAAUUUGGCGUCAAGGCUCGCAGAAGUUACCGCUCAUCUAGCUAAUGAGUAACCGCGAAGACGCCUCGUCCUAAGAAACUUAACCGAACCAAACUGCUCAUGUCUAUGCACAAACCAAACCGGUCUUAUCACUUCCAUUUAAACAAAUCUAUUUUGUCUACUGAAAGUGACCUUUUGGGUCGUGGAGGAGCUUGAACUCUCUCCGUCUCAACUUCUUGACCACCGAGACAUGCACAAGCCGUAGUCGCCUCCGCUGGCAUAACUUCUCCGGGUAAGGAAGACAAGAGCAUACGCAUGGCAACAGAUUCAUAAGGAAGAAAUGUUUGAAAUCAUUCUUCUUCUGUAGAUCCCAUUAGUUUUCUUGUUCUUGAUAGUGAGUGUCACAUUUUAUACCACCUAACUGCCAUCCUAUCUUACUCUGUUACUGUACAUGUCAUAAAAGCGAAAACAUAACACAGCUUGAAUUAGUUCUGCCAACAUUUAGAGAAUAUCAUACUGUAUUUUGUAAACUUCUGAAAUUGGUCAAUCAUCCUCUUUCUAUA